AACUCUUAAAAAAAAAUCUGUGACAGUCACAAUCAACCAUUAUGAUGAAGCCUCCAGUCAAUGUACACUGCUUUCUCUGGGCUACUUUGUUCUUAUCACUGUCAAGUGAUGUUGCCAUACAGACAACCAGUGGCCAGCAGAACGUAGCUCACCCUAUAGACUGUGUCUUGUCAGAGUGGACAUCCUGGUCCAGCUGUGAUGUGUGUCAGAAGAAGAGGUAUCGCUAUGCUAAACUCAUCCAGCCGUCUGUGUUUGGAGGGGAACCAUGUUUCUCCCAUGACAGAGAGGAGGAGGCUUGCAGCCCUUCAUCACGCUAUACCUGUGAAGUCCCUCUGUGUGAAGGCUUCCAGUGCAAUAUCACAGGCCGCUGCGUGCCCAUAGAACUGCGUUGCAACGGGGAUGACGACUGUGGGGACAGGUCUGAUGAGAAGAACUGUGUGAAAGUGAGACAGACCUGCAAACAGAAAGUAGAUGAGUACUGGGGAAUCGAGAACCUAGCCAAAGGAAUCAACGUCUUAGACAGCACCCUGCAGGGAGUGGUGCUUGACAACCGAUACUAUGCGGGCAGUUGCCUGCCUCAAUAUAUUCAGGAUGUGCGCUUCCGGAAGCCUUACAAUCUGCAGCAGUACACAGUGGAGACCGGAGGCUCGUAUGAGUUUACGAUGAAUUCUUUUGAGUCCUACUCAGAGUUCAAGCAUUUUUCCUCUAAAGAAACAACAUCCAAAACCACUGUCUCAGUGGGGUUUGCUGUGCCUAUGGUAGCUGAAUUUGGCUUUAACUACUCUGAUGACAAGUAUUCCAAGUCAGUGAAGAAGUUUCGUAGGGCAUCCUCCAAGAAAAACAGUUUCGUGAGGGCCAAGUCUGAGCUGAAGUUGGCGAGGUACGCCCUGAAGGACAGUGACCUGAUGCUCCACCCAGAGUUUCUGAGGCGUCUGCGUGCUCUGCCGGAGACCUACGUGUACGGAGAGUUCCGGCAGCUCUUCCUGGACUAUGGAACACACUACAUCACCGAAGCUGAGCUGGGAGGGGAAUAUGUACACACUGUCAUCCUGAACAAGGAGAAGCUGGAAAAGACAGAUUACUCUUUAGAUGAUUAUAAGACCUGUGUGGAUGUGGGCCUCAAGGUGGGGGUCAACAUUGAAGGGAUCUACGUCAGUAGUGGGCUUGAGGCAGGCGGCUGCAAGGGUCUCCUGAAUGAGAUGGGAACCGACACCGUGAAAGGCAGCAUGGUGGAGGACUUUGUAGCUGUUGUGAAGGGUGGUACCAGUGAGAGCAUCACAGGUCUAGUAGCCAAGAAGCUGCCCACACCAGAGCUGAUGAGACUGUGGGGGGAAGGAGUGCAUUACAACCCUGACUUCAUCAGCAGCACUAUGAAAUUCUUGUAUGAGCUGGUAACCUCCAGAGACUUUGAGAACGUCAACCUCCUGAAGAAGAACAUGAGGAAGGCCAUGGAAGAGUACUUGACUGAGUCCAGCCCCUGCAGGUGCAGCCCCUGCCAAAACAACGGAGUAGCCAUUAUCAAAGGCAAAAGGUGUGAGUGUGUGUGUCCAUCUGGCUACAGAGGGCUGUCCUGUGAGAUUUCCCUGAGUCCGACAGAAAUAGCCAUAGAUGGUAGUUGGAGCUGCUGGGGAUUGUGGUCGUCCUGCAGUGGGAGGAUGAAGUCCCGGACCCGCCAAUGUAACAACCCAGAGCCUAGUCGAGAUGGUGCUGCCUGCUGGGGCCUGGCGGAGGAGUCGUUUCCCUGCUGAUGAGCGUUCCCGCAGUUUUGAAAAACAGAGCCUUCUGCAGGCUUUAACUUAAGCUGUUGAACGAUGUCCCACACAUGGUAAUGGUUAACCUAAAAUUCCAAAUAAAACAGAUGCAAAACUC